AAAAAAGAAGAAGAAGAAGAAGAGUUCUUGCACUAUUUGUUCUUCAAAACACACUUGAGAAUUGUGUUUAAACCGAACGAAAAUCACUAGAAAACGUACCCUUUGUCAAUCAUGGGACGACAACCUUGUUGUGAAAAGGUCGGAUUAAAACGCGGUCCUUGGACUUUGGAAGAAGAUUCUAAGCUCAUGAACUUCAUCCUAAACAAUGGGAUUCAGUGUUGGCGGCUUGUCCCGAAACUUGCAGGUUUGAUGAGAUGUGGAAAGAGUUGUAGAUUGAGGUGGAUCAAUUACCUAAGGCCAGAUCUUAAACGAGGAGCAUUUACAGAGGCAGAAGAAGACAUGAUAAUCGAACUUCAUUCUCGAUUAGGUAACAGGUGGUCUAAAAUAGCUGCACAUUUUCCAGGAAGGACAGACAACGAGAUAAAAAACCAUUGGAACACAAGGAUAAAGAAGAAAAUGAAGCUCUUGGGGUUAGAUCCAUUGACCCACAAGCCAAUAUUAACUGAGCAAGAAAAUCAAAAAUCUUGCACAGGAAGUGAAGAGAUUACUAUUCAUGGAAAAAUGGAAAUUCUUGAAAAUGUCUCAAAUAUCCCACCUCUUGAAGUCUACCAAAUGCAGCAAAUUACAGAAGGUUCAUUAAGCUAUGGCUCAAAUCAAGAUAAUAAUAAAAAUCACACCUUUUUCAAGAACAAUUCAGAUGUGGGGUCCUCAGUUGUGUUUCAAAUGAAAGAGAGUACUCUUGGGAAUUUUCCAUUGGAUCCUUUUCAGAGUUGGGUCAUGGAUAAUCCUUUUAUUUGGGAUGGUUUUGGCUAUUUCGGAGAUGAUUUCCCAUGAAAAAAUAAUAAAGGAAAAAAAGUGGUGUUGGAUUGUAAAGUAUGAAAUUUGUUAUGCAUGUGUUGUAAUUCCACUAAUUAACUCAAUUUGGAUACUUUUAUUUUUUUGCUCUUUUUUUUUUUGUUUUUCAUUUUAUGGCUCUUAUGUUGAGUGGAAAGAUUUAGAAGUUGGUAAAUUAUGUUUGGCUUGUUGAUGCUGUCCUAGAGAAGAAGUGCUGGCUGUAAUGUCAACUUUAAG